GCAAGCAACUCCCGUCUCCCAAGUAAUCAAUAUGACUAUUUCCGCUCAGCUUCUCUACCUCUCUAGAAAACACUUCAGCGUAUAAAUUAAGAAACCCAAAAGUCAUAUACAGCUACAACUUGCAAGGAUUCCCCACUCCGCGUGUGUGUGGGUAUAUAUACAGGCAUCUGUAUUCCCUAAAUUCGUCUCAAUCUCUUCACACAAAUUUUUCAUAUGCUUUACAGUUUCGGGUUAUACCAUAAUUUAUCAUGAGCAAUAUUCCAACAUCCUUAACAAAUUCUUCCCUUUCGCUCUUUAAACUUGCCAUUUCGGCAUCAGACCCCUGGCCUUUUUCUCUUGUUUUCUUGUAACGUCUUUUAGAUCUAUACAUUUCUACUAGAGAAAAUCUAGGAUUUUCUUGUUUUGCUGUGUAUUUUUUGAUCUUGAGAUGGGUAGUGGAGAUAAAAGUCAUCUGAAUUUCCAUCUGAACACGGCGUUGAUUCAUUUCCAUCACCACCACCACCAGGGGAAGAAGGAUAUACCCAAGGGUCGUGUGGCGAUAACGGUGGGGCAAGGGGAGGAGCAGCAGCGGUUCGUUGUUCCGGUGAUCUAUAUCAACCAUCCGCUCUUCAUGGAGUUGCUUAAAGUGGCCGAAAAUGAAUAUGGAUUUGAUCAAAAAGGUCCAAUUAAUAUUCCUUGCCAUGUCGAACAGUUUCGCCAUGUUCAGGAUAUGAUUGACAAAGAGAAAUCUCAACACCGCCACAACCACAACCACCAGCACCACCACAACCACCAACACCACCACCAGUUUUUAUGCUUCAAAGCUUGAAAUUUAUGAGUUUGGCAAUUAGGCGAUUCAAAUUUAAUACAUAUAUUUUUUUUCCUUUUGAAUCAGUGGUUGUUAUUGAUUGUUGAUCCGCUUGUGCCGUUGUAGUGGAAGAUGAUGAUGAAAUUUAUGAUAUUCAUAAAUA